CCCAGCAAAGCCAUUUUUUGCGCGUUUGUUACCGGGUCACAGUCAAGGAAGGGCCUUUUUUAUUUCUUCUGCCAAUCGAGCGGACAACCCGCGCGCGCGUGUGGCUCAGCUUUUUACUUUGUCCAGAGUUUUCGCGACGAGACGGGGCAAACGGAGGUGUAGGUUGGUGGUGGUGGCUGGUUGGUUGGUGGGAGCGCACGGCACGGAUGAGAUUCGCGACAGCCGGACAUCCGUCCCCUUGACAAGAAGAGAGGGCUGCCCCCCGGCAGGAGCAGAAGGGCAGACAGCUGCCCCCUCCCGCGGUGACGGCGGCCGCCACCGCCACUGCCGCCGCCGUCGUCAUCAUGGUGAAGGACCAGGAGAGGCCGGCGCAACGCCGGGCCGUGGAGAGCGACGAGACCUGCUCGGCGGUGGUGGCAAUGUCCGUCAUGGUGGACUCGGCUUCCUCGUCCUGCGAGUCCUCGCCGCGGAACAGUGGCAUCUGUGGCGGCUUCCCGCGCAGCGGCUCGACGGACUCGCAGGAGCCUCACACCCCCUCGGAGGAAAGCUUCUCCAGCUCUGGCGGCAGCAGCGAGUCCAUCACCGGGCUGCCCUUCCACCUGGACGACGUCGACCGGCGCAGCGGCGGCAGCGGCAGGCGGGAGCCGGCGCCGGUCCCUCGCCAAAUCCGGAACAACUUCCCCCAGCUGAUGAUCGCCCGGGGCAGGCGGCCGCAAGAGUACCUCGACCCGUCGGACGACUCGCGGUCCAUGCCCCCGACCGAUGACGACGACGACGGCGGCAGCGGCUACGACUUCGACGGCGACUUCCAGCAGCUGUUGGGACAGCUCAACAUCAACAAAUUUGGGGGCCGACCGUCGAACAUCGCCGGCGUCGCCGUGGCGAGCGGGGCCCCGGCCCGCGGCGCCGGCGUUCCGGCGCGAUCGCCGCCAGACUUGCCGCCGAGCCCGGAGGGCGACCGCGGCGACGUCGACGGUGCGGCGGCGCCUUGCGUCGACGCGGCGAUGGAGGUGAUCGUGCCGCCGGCGGAUCAGUGCCUGGCGCAGCGGGAGCUGCGGCAGAUGUCGCAGACGUCGCUGCGUCGCUACUGCCAGGACACGCGGAACGGCGUCGGCGGAUUGGGCGAGAGCCCCGUCGCUUGCAUCGGGCCGCCUGCCUUUUUGCCCGCUUAUCAGCACGUGCAGCAUCAGGAGCAGCAGUAUCAGCAGAAUCAGUAUCAGCAGCAGAAUCAGCAGAAUCAGUAUCAGCAGAAUCAGUAUCAGCAGCCGCAACAGUAUCAGCAGCAGCUUUAUGAUGACCAGCAGCUUUAUGAUCACCGAAUGCAGCAGCAUGUUCAACUUCAACAACAACAACAACAGCAGCAGCAGCAGCAACAGCUUUAUCAGCAGCAGCAGCAGCACCAUCUUCAUCAUCAGCAAUAUCCCGACCAUUACAAUCAUCAGCAGAUCCCCAUGUCGCCGCACAACUCGCAGCCGGCCUCGCCGCAGCACGCGCCUCCGGGCAUCCUCGUCGACGGAGGAGGCGUUUGUAGCUCGCGCGUGUCGCUGCCGCCCCCGCCGCCGGCGGCCUCCGACGGCGGCGGCGGCCCGCUCGGCGUGGCGGACGUGCGGGCGUCAUUCAGCCGGCAGAGCAGCCUCGGCCUGUCGAGGCUGGAGCCGCCGGGCCCCCUGGUGUCGCACACGGAGGCCGGCGCGGUGUGGGCGACGCGGGGGUGCGCCGAGAGGAACUGGCACCACGGCCCAGCGGAGGGAGAAGCCUUCUCGCCCGGCGCGCCACCGGCGUGCUCUCCCGGCGGCGCCCGGACGCAAAGCAUCGUCCUUCCAGACCGACAGCGCAAGAUUUUCGUCACGUAUUCUUUGGACAACGACGCCCACAUCGGCAAGGUCAUCUCCUUCGUGACCUGGCUCCGUAAAAAUGGAUUCUACACAGAGAUGGACAUGUUCGACACGCUGCUGCAAGGCAUGAGUAAGAUCGAGUGGAUGGACCGCUUUCUGGACGACAAGGACUACCUGAUCGUGGUGAUAAUCAGCCCCAAAUACAAGCGAGACACAGAGACUCCGGCUGGCAGUGACGAGCAUGGAUUGCACACACACUACAUUCACCAGCAGAUGAAGAACGAGUACAUUCAGAACGGGAGCAAGAACUUCCGCUUGGUGCCCGUGCUGUUUCCCGGGGCGACCAAGGGGCAUGUGCCGAGCUGGCUGAACAACACCAUCGUGUACCCGUGGCCCGGCAAGCUGGACGACCUGAUGCUCCGCCUGUGUCGCCGCGAGAAGUACGAGAUCCCUCCGCCGGGGCCCCUGCCCGUCAUCGUCGCACAGCCCUUCGGCUCCAAGUAGGGAGGAGUGACCCCCCCCC